CAAGGCCGAGCGAUCUGGGGGGGGCGCGGGCCCCCCGGGCGGCGGCGGCGGCGGCGGCGGCGGUCGCCACUCCCCCCCCGGGCCGGCGCGGCGGGGGAGGCGGAGAAUGGAAACACCCUUCUACGGCGAUGAGGCGUUGAGCGGCCUGGGCGGCGGCAGCAGCGGUGCCAGCGGCAGCGGCGGCAGCGGAGGAGGGUUCGCGUCCGCGGGCCGCCUGUUCCCCGCGGCGGCCCCGACGGCCGCCCCGACGGCGGCCGGCGGCAUGAUGAAAAAGGACGCGCUGACGCUGAGCCUGAGCGAGCAGGUGGCGGCCGCGCUGAAGCCCGGCGCCGCGGCCCCGCCGGCGGCCCUGCGCGCGGACGGCGCCCCCGGCGCCGCGCCCCCCGACGGGCUGCUGACGUCGCCGGACCUGGGGCUGCUGAAGCUGGCGUCGCCGGAGCUCGAGCGCCUGAUCAUCCAGUCCAACGGGCUGGUGACCACCACGCCGACCAGCACGCAGUUCCUGUACCCGAAGGUGGCGGCCAGCGAGGAGCAGGAGUUCGCCGAGGGCUUCGUCAAGGCCCUGGAGGACCUGCACAAGCAGAACCAGCUGGGCGCGCCGCCCGCCGCGGGCCCGGGCGCGGGCCCCGGCCCCGCGGGCGGCUCGGGCGCGGGCCCCGGCCCCGCGGCCCCCGGGGAGCUGGCCCCCGCCGCCGCCGCGCCCGAGCCGCCCGUCUACGCCAACCUGAGCAGCUACGCGGGCGGCGCGGGCGCGGGGGCCGGCGGCGCGGGGGCCGUGGCCUUCGCGGGCGGCGAGCCGGUGCCCUUCCCGCCGCCGCCGCCGCCCCCGGGCGCGCUGGGGCCGCCGCCGCCGCGCCUGGCCGCGCUCAAGGACGAGCCGCAGACGGUGCCCGACGUGCCGAGCUUCGGCGAGAGCCCGCCGCUGUCGCCCAUCGACAUGGACACGCAGGAGCGCAUCAAGGCGGAGCGCAAGCGCCUGCGCAACCGCAUCGCCGCGUCCAAGUGCCGCAAGCGCAAGCUGGAGCGCAUCUCGCGGCUGGAGGAGAAGGUGAAGACGCUCAAGAGCCAGAACACCGAGCUGGCCUCCACCGCUAGCCUGCUGCGCGAGCAGGUGGCGCAGCUCAAGCAGAAAGUGCUCAGCCACGUCAACAGCGGCUGCCAGCUGCUGCCCCAGCACCAGGUGCCCGCGUACUGAGCGCCCGCCCCCGGCCGGAGCCCCGCGCCCGCCCCGGACUCGACAAGCCGGACCCCCGCGCCCUCGGGGGCGAGCGCACGGCCCCGUCCCGCCGCCUCCCCGCCUCCCCUUUUUUACUGCUGCCGCGGAGAACGGAGGCCCGUCCGCCCUAUUUAUGUCUGUUCUCGGGAUCAAGCGCCGGCCGGAGCGCGUGCGCGCGCGUGCGCGUCCUGCGCGGGUUUUUGCAGAAGUGGGAAGCAGCCGCAGACCCCGCCCGCCCCCUGCCGCCCGCCUCGCCCGCCGCCCCGGCUGUUGUUGUCUGGUUUUGCUACGAGGCCACAUUCCUGUUUGUAAUCCUCGGUCCGCCCGGUUCUCUGUUUUCAGUAAAGUCUCGUUUCGCCA